UUUGAUCGGAUCGAGAACACGGCGAGCCGGCAGGUGACGUUCUCAAAGCGGCGGAACGGCCUGCUGAAGAAGGCCUUCGAGCUGUCCGUCCUCUGCGACGCCGAGGUCGCCCUUGUCAUCUUCUCCACCGCCGGCAAACUCUACGAAUUCGCCAGCUCCAAUAUGCAGAAAACAAUCGACCGUUAUACAUCGCAUACAAAAGAAGACAUUGGAAGCAAGGAAGCAGCACAGCAGAGUUUAGUGCAAAGGAGAUCUGAAGCAGCCACAUUAGCGAAGAAGAUUGAGCUUCAUGAAACUGAGAAAAGGAAACUCUGCGGCGGCGGCGUAGAAUCAUGUUCUCUGGAGGAGUUGCAUGAUCUUGAGGCCGAACUAGAGAGAAGUCUCAGUAAAAUUAGAUCGAAGAAGCAAAGAAAGAUUUUGCAGGAAAUCUCAGAGCUAAAGGAAAAGGAGAGUUUGCUCUUAAAGGAGAAUGCGUUGCUCCGCGAAAAGGUGCGAACUCAACUGCUACCAACUGCUCCUGAUCAGCAUCUCAUUCCAGAUGAUCAACCGAACGGAAACAUGGAAGUAGAGACAGAUCUUAUAAUCGGAAGACCGGGAACCGGCGAGGCGCAGCAACAGUUGGCGAAUUCGAGCGAAACUUCGCAGUAAGUAUAUAUAUAUAUAUAUGUUUGCUAUCUGUGAACAAAUGAGCACUUUGACACAAGCAUUUGUACUGUUCGUCCGGUUGAAAGCAAAGAAAAGAAAAGAAACGGAAAAAGCUGUAUUUUUUUUCAAAAAAAAAUUCCUAUCAAGUCAUUUAUCAUUACUAGAGAGAAAUUUGUUUAAUGUACCAUAUACUUUGAUUACGAGGUAAAGAUAAGGUUUCAUGUUUAGUUCUUAUCUCAUUUGAUCAAAUUAAAGCAAA